AAAAUGAAAACAUUAACUUAACAACACAUGUUUAAAAGGAAAAGCUAUAACCAACCAUUUAGGAGUUUGUAAAUUCGUUAUCUCUUGCAUUUAUAAAAUUAAGUAAUAUGAAGCAGAACGUUAUAGUAUUCUUUGUCGUUUUUGAAAGUUUUAUUUUGGUUUAUGGAUUUAAUAUUAGGCACGAAAUGGAGAUUAUUGAUCGUAAGUCACCGGACCGGCCAAUGGAGCACAUGCUGGGUUUAAGCCGAUUGGGGGUUUUCAAGCCAAGCAUUAACAGCGAACAGAACGUGGUCCAGGAGCACAGUUCAACAGUACAUACAAUUACUAAAAGAGCUUUUCGGAAGAGGUUCAGGCGAAGACCACCAGCUAUUGCAUUUCAAGCUGUGCUGAAAAAGAAAUCAAUGGAAUUGCAAACAAACGAACCAAUCAAGUUUGACCGUGUCUUUACCAACGAAGGAGAGGGGUACGACGAAAAAACGGGAAUAUUUACUGCGCCGGUGGGAGGGUUAUAUGUGUUCAGUGCGACCAUUUUAGCCGGGAAUGGCUAUUAUACUGAAGGGACUAUUGUUGCCAAGGAUGAAACUAUCGUUACAGCUGUGAGUGAUCGCAGAACGUUGAAGGAAACAGAAAUAGACACAGUGGACCAAAGCACAGUUACAUGCACUUUGGCAAUUAAAAAAGGGGACACUGUAAAAUUUCUGAUAAAGUGGCCCAUGGGUCAGCACGAGAUAAUAGGCCAUGGGAAGACUAGUUUUGGAGGAUAUCUAUUUAGAGCAUAUCGUGUUUAAGUUCGUAUUACUACGGAUUUCCGUCAACGUUCGGUCCCAUGUUGUCAAUGUAGGUAUCGUCUCUUUAAAUAUAUAACUCUAGGGGAUACCGCUGCAUUGCAUUCCAAAGCAAAUAAUUAAUUCGAUUGCUAGUUUAUUGAUUAAAGAUAUUGUGUUGAAAUGACCACGUCAAGUUCGUUAUAUUUGUUAACUGAACUUGAUAUUUUAAUUUUGUGAAUGCAUAAGUUGAUCUGCGAAUUUUUGUCGUAAAACCUCAUAGCUAUUAUAUAGAAAGGCUUAGUGCAUCGACCUUGUAGUUUUUAUUUGUAUUAUGAAUAUUGAUAUAAUAAUGCUUUAAGCAUACGGUUGAAUUGGAUGCUUUAAUAUAAUUAAUCAUAUUACAAAUUUGACCAGUUACGGUACAUUUGCCUGCUUUGUAUCAUAAUUUGUUUUUGUUAUCCAUGUUCUUAUUAAAUCUUUGUCUUUAAUGCAGUAAUGAAAAACAUCCAUGUUUUUUUUAAUUUAAAUGUACAGUUUAAACAACAUACUUGUCCAAAAAAUAGGUUGUAUUUCACAUUCUUUGAAUCUCAUAUUAUGUUGUAUUUUAUAUAUUCCUUUGCUUUAACUGGUUUAUUUUUGUGUCUUUAUCUAGAAACAUUAUAUAUACAUUUUAGUUAAAGUGUUUAUUUUGCAUCAACUUACAACGGGUAUUGUUGUUGUUAUAGUAAAUGAUAAUUCCAUGAGAUAAUUAGGCCUGUAUUGACUGCUGCUUUUGAGUGAGCAUGUCUUUCUAGUCGAUAAAUUGAAUUAUGUUUAUUUAUAUUUAUUUAUUAUAUGGCAUGUAGAUGCUUUAUAAAGAUUGUGCAAUACAAAAACUAUGCUUGUGCAAUAAAUUAGAAAAUUUCGUUAUAA